CGCCAGGCUAAGGAGAAACUGCCGUACAUCGGCAGUCUCUGGCAGCAAAGGGAAGAAGCAAUAGAGAACGAAGCUGGCAUUUUCAUUGUGCGAGACGCAGAAACAAACAGCCACAUGAACCUAGAAGACGAACAAGCGGAUAUUAAAUGACAAAUACCACUUUUGGCGCCAGGUUUCAACUUGACGAUUGAGAGGCUUCUCUGUUACGGAAGAUCAAUGUAGAGUAAACACUUAUCUCACUUAACUACUUCCUAAGAGUAUAAAUAUAAGCUCAGGUCUCUGUGUCCACGAAGGAUUCAGAUACUGAAGAAAAGGACAGGAUUUUUCUUCCGCGCAUCUCCGACUCUCCGAUUUCGUGCGGCGAAAUCGGUGGUUGAAACUGAUAUACGCGGACUAAGAUUUCUUCUUUUUUCUGUCAAAAGUUCGAUCGGUCAAGAUGUUUCAAUUUGAUAGCUUCUGAUUCUUUGUCUGGAAUCCGCGAAUAGUCAAUGGAGAAAUCUCGCGGUAAUUCCAAGAUCAAGAUUCCGAAGGCGAAGGCUUCGAAUGAGAAUAUUUCACCGAUGAAAUUAGAGAUGGAGGAUCCGAUGUUUAUUGGAAGUAGACGCUUUCAUCAAUCGACGGCAUUGAGUCCAACCUUUCAAUCGUACGCUGAGAAUCUUGACAUUAACUCUCCGCUUGCGCGUUACUUACUCGCCGGAUCUCCGAUAUCCGGUAGGGUCUCGCCUUCUGGUGAGUCUUUCACCUCUCCGACGAUUGGCUCCCGCAAGAACAGGUCUGCAUUACUGCAGCAAUAUAACAGUAGCAGUUCAGGGAGUAGUAGCUGUGGCUCUCGAAAUAGGUUGCCGGUUUCGCCCCUGUCUUCAAUUGAGAAUUUGGAGAUGAUGCCAUUGAUGUCGUCACCUGUGUACGGAACACCGGUAAAGGCAGAAGAAGAAGUUCUUGUGAUGGACGACAUCCAGGUGAAGCUAACAUCGUCUGGAGGGAAAAGGCUCUUGACGGACGUCACGAAGAAGUUUGCAAACGGAAAAGAGCAGCGUCCUGUUCGUCUUUCCAGCGCUCACAAAUCUGAGGCACAUGCAAGCAAGUCAUCUUCUGGUACAGGAUCAAGCGCAUGUGGUCCAAGGAGCCGCACUUUUCGUCACUUCCAGGGUGCAGCUGUAUCUGAAGAAGCGGUUAAAACAUCCAAACCAGCUUCGCCUGUUAAACCUGAACCUGACCAUGCCUUAGCCAAUUCUCACACCAAUGACUGGUCACCCCUGGAUGAUAACAUUGUGCUUGUUGUUCCACACGCUUCACCUAAUAAUUCUCCCUCAAGGGAACAUGUUGAUGCUUAUAUUUCCAGCGUUCUCUACGGCCCCUCCACUAAAAACAGGCUACCAGCUUUUGCUGAACUUUGUUCGGAGAAGCUAUCUCCAUGAUUGAAAGCCCUAUAUUUGCUGUCAGAAGGUAAUAUUGCACAUUCUCAUAUCCUAUCCUCUGAAAUCCUUAGUUUCUUUUGCUGCUGAAAAACUCUACCGUUUCAAACAUGUUGGUUGUACCUGUGCAUACUUUAGUAUCCUGAUUUCUGAGAAAUCAUUAUUCCCCUAGCUUUCACGAACGAGGUCAUUCAUGUGCCGUGUAAAUAGCUGUUUCAUUAGGUGCACCGAAAAGCUAUCUCUAGCACUAUGAGCUUCAUCUUAUAUCUCAUUCGUUGUUGAAAAUUACAAUGAAUCAGUAGACUUCUAUA